AGAAUAAAUGGAGGAGUGAGGAGUAAGGCACCCUCAUCACGUUCAAAAGAAGAAAGAGCAGAUCCAAUUCCAAUUCCAGCGUGAGCCGAUGAGAUGAACAAGGAUCGUGGGUUGGCCGUCGAACUGGCGGCGGUGUCAAUUGCCUUGAUGCUGUAUACGUGUCUGGCGAGUGCCAACCUCCACCCUCUGAUCCUUGUGCCGGGCAACGGCGGCAACCAGCUGGAGGCCCGACUGACGGCGGAGUACAAGCCGCCGAGCCUCUUCUGCACGCGCCGUCACCCCCCCAGGAAGGACGAGGACGGUUGGUUUCGGCUUUGGUUCGACUUAUCCGUGCUGUUGGCUCCCUACGCGCGCUGCUUCGCUAGCCGGAUGACGCUUCACUACGACCACCACCGGGAUGACUACCGAAAUACCCCCGGGGUUCAGACCAGGGUCUCCCGGUUCGGCUCCACCCAAUCCCUCCUCUACCUUAAUCCCACUCUCAAACACCUCACUGAAUACAUGGCGUCGCUGGUUGAAUCUCUGGAGCAAGUCGGCUAUGUUGACGGCGAGACCCUUUUCGGAGCUCCGUACGAUUUCCGGUACGGCUUGGCAGCGGAAGGCCACCCAAGCAGAGUUGGUUCCCAAUUCCUUCAAGACCUAAAGCACCUCAUCGAGGAAGCAAGCGCAUCCAAUGGCAACAAGCCGGUGAUCCUCCUCUCCCACAGCCUGGGCGGCCUCUUCGUCCUCCAACUCCUCGCCCGAAACUCGCCGUCCUGGCGCCACAAAUACGUCAAACACUUCGUCGCGGUGGCGGCGCCGUGGGGUGGCUCGGCAGAGGUGAUGCUCACCUUCGCCUCCGGCAACACCCUCGGUGUGCCGCUGGUCAAUCCGCUAACCGUGAGAGACGAGCAGAGAAGCUCUGAGAGCAAUCUAUGGCUCUUGCCCGCACCCGGAUUGUUUACCAAGCCAUUGGUGAUCACGCCGGCGAGGAAUUACACGGCGAGUGACAUUCCGGAGUUUUUGAACGACAUAGGGUUUCCGGAAGGGGUGGAGCCUUACAGAUCUCGGAUUCUGCCUUUGGUCGAACGGCUUCCGGCGUCGGAAGUGCCGGUCACGUGCGUGAUUGGGACCGGCGUGGAGACGCCGGAGACUCUGUUGUAUGGAGAGGGGGGGUUUGAUCGACAGCCGGAGGUGGUUUACGGCGACGGGGACGGAACGGUGAACAAGGUGAGCUUGGAGGCGGUGGAAUCGGAAUGGGCGAGGGAUAAGAAUCAAAGCGUCAAGUUCAUUAGGCUGCCUGGGGUUUCUCACACGGAGCUACUGAAAGAUGAAGCUGCAGUUGCUGAAAUAGUUGCAGAAAUUUGUUCCAUCAAUUCCCAACUUAUGGGUCCUCUGGUGUCUAAUCAUUAAUCAUGUCACAUUAUGUAAAUCAUCUUUUGCAUGUUAAAUAAUUGAAUCCAGCUCCUUCUUAA